GAACUAUGAUUUAUCAAGGACUGAUUGCUUUAUUUCUGUUGCUAGCCACAACAGAAAUUGCUGCACAGCCUUCUGAAAAGUCAAUUGUGGAGGGACUGGAGAAACGCACAAAAGGAAUGGCGCGUACCAUUAACUCCCAAAGAAAGCAGAUUAAGGCACUGAUAAACCGGAAAGAAACAAGGUGCGACACAGGCAUUGCUGGUCAACACCACAUGAAAGCCAAAUGGCCGUACACUCAAGAAAUCAAAUUUAAGAAAACUUUCCUUGAAGUACCAGCCGUCACCUAUGGAUUAAUUACCUUAGAUGCGGGAGUGAUAAAAAACAUACGAAUCCAUGUUUAUACACAAAAUCUAACCACCAAAGGCCUUCGUUUCGUACUCCAUUCUUGGGCAGACACGACCUUGUUCGCAGCUACAAUUAGGUGGAUGGCCUGUGCUCCGAGUGCAUAAAUUCUGUUAAAUGUCACGUGAAUCACAGAACGUGUACCCACGCGCAUGUCAAGUAAAUUUGUUAUGCACUAUC